GUGGGUGUGGGGGGGUGGGGGGGUGUCCAGGGCUCUCUGGUCGGAGUUUCGGGGGUCUUUGGCAGAAUGAAUAGCAGUUUGCAAAACACCUGUGAACAACUCAGGCAGUCGUACGAAGACUGCCUUCCAGGACCCGGCGGGAUUUGCAACGAUGAUGAGGUGAAGCGGUUGACCAGGCUGCAUCUGACCCAGAACAGUGAGGAGUGCCACGACGUCCUACGAAAUGACGUGUUUGAAAUUGUGGCCAAUUCUCUGCGUGGAAAGCGCGAUCUUGCCAGCGCUUUGAAGUUGCUGAUUAGAGCCUUUGAAUUAUUGGAGUUGGCUGCCGUCAACCUCGCCGUGUUUCCAUGGAGAAAGGAGUUUAAAACGAUAAAGACAUUUUCAGGUGCUUAUGUGCAUUAUCUGAAACCUGCACUUUGCAGUGAAGACCUGGCAAGUAUUUUCAAGAAAAUGGGUUACAGACUAAAAGAUGGUUUCCAUCUGGAAUUACGAGACUCAGAGCCUCGGGAAUCCGUCAAGCGAGCGUUUGAGUUCUUCUCUGCAAGACUGGAGUGUGAGAUUUUAUUGGAGAUUGUAGAAAAGGGAGAGCACUGUGUCUUUUCAGUCAAUGAUUUGAUUCAGGAAAGAAUAUUGAUGGAAAGCAUUGAUAAGUGCGUGAAUGAGCUGAGCUUUAAGAGGGCUCAUAGCCUGAGAGAAGCCCAAUUCGGAAGAGGAGAAUCAACUGAAGAAUUUGAAAAUCUUUACACCGAUAUAAAGUUGAAUGGCAAUGAGAGUGUGCUUCCAUCACACAGAGAGGACAGCAGAAAUGCCAACAGACAAAACGCAACAACACCACAGCUUAGUGACAGUGUCAUUUAUAAUGGAUUGUACAGGAAACAGGGCAAUAAACUCAAUUUUGCUGCUUCAAGAAACCACCUGGGCUGCGAAUCCCCAGAAGCACCCUUUAAGGAUGGAUUCCCCUUUGAUUCAGUUCACAGUAACCAAGGUACCAAUGCAAAUGUGAACGCCGAGGAUGUUCUGAGUAGAUCAAAGUACGUGGGUGAUGAAAGAUACCAACAACACAAUCACAUCAGUAACAUUAAUUCUGCUCAGUACGGUCGUGAAACGUGUGAUACAGCGCAAGGUGCUUUGUGUGACCCUGUGACCAGAUACAGCCAAGAUCAUUCCUUCAGAUCUAUUCCUGAUGAGUCAAGCUAUUCACGAAGCCCCGAGGCUCCGACUCGCGAAUCGAGGCAGCCUUCUGUUGCCAUCUGUGAGUUCAGAAAAGCCGAUAAAGUAGAUGAAUAUUGUGAGAUUUGCAAACGUCAGCCAGUAUAUUUUCAAUGUGAAUGCAGCAUGCUUGUGUGCAACUAUUGUGGUUAUCAGAAUAGAAUGGAGUGUACGAUCUGUGAUCAGAGUCUCAAGAAACUGGAAAACUCCCAACGAAUCACAUUCUAAUUCCAUCCCAAUAUAACAGUCUUUUUUUAGGAAACUUUCUUUUUGAAAGGGCACCUGUUAGACAUAUCAGAGGUUUAAUUACAAAGGAACCAUUCCAAUGGUUGUCCUGUAAUGCUUUGAACACCAUUUGUAUGCCAUUUUCAAUGUUUAACCACAUGUACAGGAGUCUUAACACUCCAAGGUUAAAAUAGUACUUUACCCAUUGUAUAAUACAGAUAAUCUAUCCGCAAGAACUGUUGUUAUUUUGGAAAUUUAACUAGAUGAGUAUGUGUCUGCCCACUAGAAUUUCUCCACAAUUUACCAAAUGUGGAACUUUAAUGGCAGAGUAUGGGGAGGAGAAUUUGUGAUGUACAAAUGUGGUUUGUAUCAGUUAUAAAGAAUCAACAGGGAGAAAAUGACAGAUAACAUUCAGACUAACUGAUCAAAUUCAGAUUGCAUUUGAACCCCAGCACUGUUUUCUGAAGGAGGCUAGUAAGAUUGAACAGUACACUUUGAAUAAAGCAGUUUGUAGUAAUAUCUGAUUAUAUCCGUUUUAAUGUUCCAAUUGUCCUCCUGAGAGAGAGAAUUGCAUUUUCUGUGGGACUAAUUAUUUUUGUUGACUUGCAGAUGCUUGACUUAAAAUAAAGAAAUUGAG